AUUUACCGUUGACGAAUGCGGAAGUAGGUUGCUGCUUUAGCUUGUUAGCUCACAACCAAAACAGAGGAAAUGUCCUCGUUUUAGGACUCCGUAAUAUUUGAUAUAACCCUGAAUAUUAAACGAAGUAUUUUCGAUCAGCUGAAUUUCUCUCUCUGAGUGACAGAAGAAGCUGAAGAGCCGACAGGCAGAGAUGGAGGAUCCUGGUGGUACUGCAGCUGAGUCUGGGACUCCAUCACAAGCAGGUGCCUCAAAAUCAAAGCUGGACACACUGUCCAAAGAUGACCUUAUCAAAUAUGCCAAAAAGCAGAUGGCUGUUAUGCAGAAGACGAAGAGCAGAUGUGCAGACUUGGAAAAAGAAAUUGAAUCCCUCAAACAGCAACCACAAAACAGCAAUGCAAAUUCAGAUGAUACCUCUUUGAUGCAGGAGCUGACUGCAAGGAUGGAUGCCUUGCUUCUGGAGAAGGCAGAAACUCAACAAAGUCUUACUCGCUUACGCAAAGAUCUAGAAAAGACUAAACAGCAAGCCAAGGAGGAUCUAGCUGUGCUGCAAAGUCAGCAUGAGAGAGCACUGGAGGACCAGCAAAAGAAGAUCAAAACCCUUGAGUGCAGCAUUGAGGAAUCCAGAAGCAAACACCUGGAAGAAGUGGCUUAUUUUCAGAAAUUACUCAAAGAACGAGAGGAGCGUGACAGAGAGAGGGAGAGCGAAAGGGAGAAAGAACGCAAAGCAGAUCAUGACGAUGCAAAAAAGAGAGCAGAAGCCGUCAGACACUCCUUAGAAGCUCAGCUGGAAACUGUUCAAGCGGAGCUGAAGGCAAACCAAGAAAGGAAUUCCCAAGAGAUUGCUGAGUUGCAGGAGAACUACCAAAAGGAGUUGACUAAGGCCCAGCAGGAUGUGGAGAACAUGAAGGAGGACCUGGCUCAGAAGAGUCAGCAGCACGAGGAGGAAAUGAGAGCUCUGGAGGAGGAUUGGGAGAUUGAAAGAGAGCGUCUGUUGUUGCUCACAGAGGAGCUAACGGAACAGCUUGCUCUCAAAGACAGCUACCUGCAAGAUGUUCAAGAGGAAGACGAAGAAUCUAAUCGUGGUUCAGGAAUUGCCAAAAUGCUGGAGCUGUCUGGAUGCAGUCAGUCUGACACCAGUAAUAGUGUUGGAGAGGAGGCUGAGAUGAGUAGACUGAGGUCACCACUGGAUGACCUUCAAUCUCAGAACACCAUGUUGCAGGAUGAACUCACCCUGCUCAGUAAUGUAAAGGGAGAGCUUGAGGCAGAGCUAGAGAGGACCAAGGAGGAGUUUCAGAUGGAAAAAGAAGAAUUGGAGUUCAAAAUCAACGAGCUGCAGAUGAUUAAUAGUCCUUCCAUCGAAUCUGUUGUGACCCUAAAAACUGAUCAGGGAGAAAUAAAACACCCGGUUGUUACUUCAACCAAUGACCAAAAUGCCCUGAGUUUAGAAGAGCAGACAAAGCUGAACGAGGAACUAAUAACUCAGUGUGAGGUUUUGAUCAGAGAACGAGACUCCGCAGUAGCUGAGUGCCACCACAUGAGAGGCAUUCUUCAAAGUGUGGAGACUGAACUGGGUGAGAAGACCAAAAAUUUUGUUCAACAGUACAAUGUCAUGAAGGAACAGGGAGCUAAUACCGUGAGAGACCUCCAGGACAAGAUUGAGCAGCUCAGUCAAGAGAGAGAUGAGCUAUUAGUGAGGAUGACCGAGAUUACGAAGGAGAAAAACACCCUGGUGGACAAUAUGCAAGACCUUCAGCAGAAGCUUGAAGGUUCCUCGAUUGAAAAUGAGAAACCUCUGUCAUCUGUGGAAGAACAAAUCCCUUUAACCUGUGAGCUAAAACAGUCUGUGGAGGAUCUGAUGAGGAAGAAUGAAGAAAUCUUGUCCCAGCUGAAGAUGAAGGAGAACAUGAUUCAAGAUUUAGAAGAACUACUCAACACACUGACUGAAGAAAGGGAUCAAAUGCAAAACCUGCUAAAGCUUAAAGAAGACGAAAUGCAAAUCCUGAAUGAUGAGAAAACAAAAGACGUGGAGAAGCUGCUGGAGGAGAAAGCAAGAGAAGCACUUUUGAUUAGAGAAGAAAAAGAGAAAGUGCUUGAAAACCUAAAAAUAAAAACUGAGAUUGAACUGAAACAUUUGAAUGAGCAGAAAGAAAAGGUGGAGGAGAGUCUAAAAGAAACGCUGGUGAUCCAUGAGGAGAAAUGCUCCACUUUGGAUCUGACCAUCAGCGAGCUCUCCAUAGACAAGUCCAAUCUCUUUCAGAAACUGGAGCAAGCUUUAUCAGAGCUUUCCAAGGCUCAGGAGCACAGUGAGCUCUUGCUCUCCAAGCUGACAGAGCUGGAGGCUCAGGUGGAGCAGAGGUCAUCUGAAAAGCAACUCCUUGAAGCAAAGUUGAAGUCACUGACUGAGGAGGCUGGACAGGCCUCUGCUUCUGUGCAAACAUUGAAGGAAAACCAUGCUGAAGUGCUCAAAAUGUCCAGGGAUGAAGUUGAAGAGCUCCGAACACAUGUUGAUGAGCUGGAGAAGGAAAGAGGACUGUUAAAGAGCAGCAUUGAAAAGGCUGAUGCUGAAAGAACAGAGGAGGUUCAACAGGACCUACAGGCUCACAUCACAGACCUGGAAAAGGAGCGAGACAUGUUUAGAAGCAACCUUGAGGAGGUGGCGAAGGAUGUCGAGGGGCUGCAGAAAGACCUGCAAGACAUGAAAUCAGUUAAUGCGAAGCUUGUUGAUGAGAACCAGGAACAUCUGGCUCAUAUUUCUCUGCUUGAAGGUGAAAAAGAGUUAGAGGAGGAGUUGAGGAGAAAGAUGAAGAACAUGGAAAGAAACGGCAAAGAGCUCGAAGAUCAGCUGACGGAGAAGGACUCUCUUAUGUCACAGCUGAGGAGCGAAAUAGCGUCUCUACAGGAAUCUGCUGCUCAGUCCGUUUCCUCUGAGGAAAACGAAGUCAGUGAGAUGACGAAGAAAUUAGCUCUUCUGACAAACGAAGUGAAAGAAAAGGAUGAGAAGAUGAAUAAAAUCAAGGCAGUUGCUGUUAAAGCAAAAAAAGAGUUGGACAACAGUAAGAAAGAGGUUCAAACUCUCAAGGAGGAAGUCGAGUCACUGAAAGCAGAGCGGGAGAAGAUAAACAGCUCUAUGAAGGAUAUCAUUCAUGGUGCUGAAGGCUAUAAGAACCUGCAGAUAGAUUACGACAAGCAAACCGAGCAACUGGAUGGAGAGCGAGAGAAGGUGGAGGCGGCCGAGAGACAGAUUGCUGAGCUGACCAAACGACUCAGCAGUGCUGUCACACAGAAGGAAACACUGAGCGGUGAGAAGGAAGAUCUACUAGCCGGUCUGGAGACCAUGAGGAGCACCAUGAGGCAGCUGGAGGCCAAGAACCAGGAGCUGCAGAAACAACUAUCAAGUCUGGACAAAGACCUUAUAGUCGAGAGAACAAUCAAAGAACAAAAGCUCAAGGAAUUGUCAUCUGCUAUGAAGGAGGUGGAGGAGCUGACAGCGCAGCUCUGCAAGCAGCAGCAGCAGUCUCAGCAGACCGCUCAAGAGCUGGAGCAGCUUCGCAAGGAGGCACAGCAAAACUCCCUGCUGGGCAUGGAGAUGGCCGACUAUGAACGACUGGUGAAAGAACUAAAUGGCAAACUCACUGAGAAAGACGAGUCUGUGGAGGAGUUAAAAGUUCAGAUAAGGACCCUCACCCAGAAGGAGGAGACACUCAAGCAGGAAAUUGAGGCUUUGAAGUCCCAGCUGGACCAGGAGGGAGAAAAAAUCAUGAAGAUGAAACAGCUGCUGGUGAAUACGAAGAAAGACUUGGCGGAUGCUAAGAAACAGGAGAGCUCCCUGAUGAUGGUGCAGGCAUCUCUGAAAGGAGAACUGGAGGCUAACCAGCAGCAGCUUGAAAGCUCUAAGAUUGAGGUGUGUGACCUGACCGCCGAGCGCCAUCGUCUGCAGGAGCAUCUGAAGUCUGCACUGGAGCAGCAACAAAGAACCAGCAGCUCCCUGCAGCAGCAUAUCCACAGUCUGCAGCAGGAAAGAGAUUCUGCCAAGGCUGAACUUGUGGCGACAACGAGCGAGUUUGAGAGUUACAAGGUGCGCGUCCACAACGUUCUCAAACAGCAGAAGAACAAAACCAGCACCCAGAGCGUGUCAGACUCCGGCAAACUGGAGAGGGAGCAGUUGUCGUCUCAGGUUGACCAGCUGAGGAUCAGACUGGCAGAAAGUCAGCAGAGCCUUCAGAGCAGCACCGCAGAACUGCAGCAGCUCCAGACUGAACACGACACUCUGCUGGAGAGGCACAAUAAAAUCCUUCAAGAAAACGUGACCAAAGAGGCUGAGCUCCGGGAGAGGCUUUUGUCGCUGCAGUCGGACAACGUGGCCCUACGGUCCGACCUGUCCCAAGCUCAAGUGGAUCUGUCCUCCCAGGUCGAGGCCCAGCGGCAGACCUAUAGGGAGCAGCUGAGAAACCUGCAGGAUGACCACCGAGCCACCGUGGAGACCCUGCAGGGACAACUGACUCGAGUCGAGGGGCAACUCUUCAACCUGCAGAGCCAGAACAACUCUGUACUGGUUCAUUCCAGUCGUAAGCCCCUGGCUUCAGACCCUCAGCGCAGAAACGCUGAUCAGAACCAAACGGGGUUGACUUUCAGCGACCUCCAGUCUAUGGCCAGGGAGGAGGGAGAGGGUAUGGAGACCACAGAGACUGAGAAAUCCUCUCCAGCUCUUGCACCCCUAUCCUCUCUGGAGCAGCUUCUCACAUCCCCAGACCCCAAACAAGAGCCUUUUGUGUGGACGGUGGAGCCAACCAAAGAAGAGUUAUCUGAAAAGCUGAGCACAGCCACUCGCAGCAUGGAGCACAUGAACAGCCUCCUGCAUGAAACUGAAGCCACCAACGCUGUUCUCAUGGAGCAGAUCACACUGUUGAAGAGUGAGUUGAGACGUUUAGAACGAAACCAGGAGAGGGAGAAAAGUGUGGCCAAUCUGGAGUACCUGAAGAACGUUCUGCUGCAGUUCAUCUUCCUGCGUUCUGGCAGCGAGAGGCAGGCUCUGCUUCCUGUUAUUCACACCAUGUUGCAGCUCAGUCCAGAGGAGAAGAGCAAACUGGCUGCUAUCGCACAAGGUGAGGAGGAGGUAAGUGGGUCUCGAGGCUCCGGCUGGACCUCCUACCUCCACAGCUGGUCUGGGAUCAGAUAGACUUGGUGACCAACCAAAUCAUCUUAAAACACUGGGAGCACAUUGAAGUGGCAUCACUGAAGUCUUUCCUAUGAUAUUCUGUAUUCGAGCUUCAAAUAGUUAAACUGGGGCAUUAAAUAUAUUAUUGGGACAGAGUAAAGGGGACCAGAGAAUGUAUUAGAGUGGGUUUGUGGUUGAGAGAACUGAUCUAAAACCUUUGAGAAUGGAUGUGAUAACUGUGAUAAUUUUCUGUCUUUCUUAGUCUUAUUACCCUGAUGGUGAUAUUAAAAUAACACAUUCUUGAAGUGGGGCUUAUAAGGUGUAGGGCAUCAGAAAUAAAAUAAUAUUUAUGUAUUGCAUUAUAUUUUUAGUCUUUAUAAGAUACAUGUACACAGAUGUCAGUUUAUGAGAUUAAGGAUUAAUCGACUAUGUAUUGACUGAAACUAAUUUAAGGCUGUAGGAACUGAGAGUGCUUAAGGUGCUCCUAGUGCUCCUCCUAGUGAACGACACAAAGUAACAUCAGAAAUGCAAACGGAUUG